AUAAGUUAAGAUGCAAUGGAUGAUAUUGCCAACAAUCUCUCUUCGCUGCAGUUUGAAUCUGCUCUAGGAGAGGAGGAGACACGCUUGCUACCUCUAAGAUAUCGAGCUCAUGCUGUUAACGUUUCUACUUGUGCUCAAGCCACGUACUUGGUUCACAUUUUGAAUGAAGUCCGGCAGUCUGUAUUAGAAAGCAGGCAGUCUAAGCAAGAAAAACUUCUUCAAGAGACAGUGACAAGAGAUCCAACUCUAGUGGGCAUCAUUGGAUGUGGACGGCUUGGAAAACAACUAGUCAACAGCUUUCUUGUCUUCGGUCGAUGUCAACCGCAAGAUAUUUUUGUAUCAACAAGAAGACCAGAGUCGGUUCAAACUUUAGCAGAUCAGGGCGUCAACAUUAUCUUUGACAAUGCCAAGGUUGCUAAAUCGGUUCACGUUUUGUUUAUUGCUUGUUUGCCAUCGCAGUUACCAGUCGUUUGCAAGGACAUUCGAGGCUCCAUCAACUACUCAACUCUUGUAUACAGUCUUGUUGCUGUGACUCCUGUUUCCAAGUUAUGUCAACUACUGUCGUUCAAGAAUGUAUUUAGACCAGAGAUUGAACUUCUUUCUUUGGAUGACAGUUGCUAUUAUCCUGGCGAUAUGACAAAAGAUGUAAUUGAAUCGUGUCGAGAUACGAGAGUGUGUGCCAUGACAUGUCCACUUGAACGUCCAGCAAAGGGCAGUCUUGUGAAGACGCAUGACAACUGGGUAAUGGGCGUCACAUUGUCAUUUCUCAACACGUGUGCUCUCUUACACCUCAACAUGUUGGAGUCAUUUCAACUCGUCAACACUAUCAUAUUACAAACACCAGAUCAACAGAUUGUUUCAACAUCAGACUUAACAGUAGGACGACAUGAAUGUGACGAGUUAAAACCUUUGGCUCUCUGUUCUCUUACUUCGACUGCUGCUGAGCAGCCCAAUCUCAAGGCCAAAUUGAUGGACUCGUCAGUACGACAGCUGUUUAUUAACAAAUACAUAUCAAUCUUUAGAAUACCGAGGUUGCUACAGAAAUGAAAGAUAAAUACAUAUGAAUAGCUGUAUUGAUAUUAAUUAAUUAAUAGACAGCAUCAUCUGAAGGGAGAGUACCGACGAAUGUGGUUGUUACGAUUUGCCAUCAACUAAUGUUAAUUAAUUGUAUGUAACAUAUAUGUAUUUGUUGUUGAAAACAAUUAGACUGACAUUUCAAUAUAUGAAAAUUAAUUUAUUAGACUGGUA